UUUCGUAGUUUUCUUCCUCUUCUUCUUGGUUAUAGUUUUGAAGUUUGUUGUUGUGAUGGCGAUCUUGUUUUUGUGUAUGAAAAUGCUACGGCUGCCUGUCUGUCUGUCCGAUUGGUAGUGGCUACCUGUUUGAAUUUAACUGCCAAUGUAGAAGUGUGGUUUUACCUGUUCGCGCACUGGCUUUGUGUGAGACUGUGUUUGUGAGCGAGUAUUUUUGAGUGCCAAUGUGAAUAUUUGUAAGAUACAAAACAAAAAAAAGUGAAACGAAGUGGCAAGCCAAACAACAAAAGCCAAAAUAGAAAAACAUAACAAUAGCCAAUUGGAGAGAGUAACUCAACUUGUAUAUGUGUGUGAAAACAGAGUGCAAGAGAGAGAGAGAGAGUGUCAAAGAGCGGAGAGUAUCAAUUAAUUCAAUUAACAAAAACACCAAAUAAAUUCAAUUAAAUAUGAGUGUAUGCUGAAGAGAGAGGCUUCUCUCCCUCCAUAGCAGCAGAAGAGAUCCUCGCAAAUUACGAUGAAGAGAGAGUGCCCUUUUGGAAAGAAAAAUAAAUAAACGAUUUGAAAACUUGGUUUGUGACAAAAGAAGGCAGCAGCAUUUUAAGGCAACAAGUACAGGCAGUCUGUUGCUUAAGGUUUGGAAAUAGCGAUUUCUUUAGUACCCUUUAUAACGCAGAUGCAGUGAAAUGUCAACAUAACUUUUGUGUGUUACAUACACAGAGCUUAAAUGAAGAUGUAUAUAAAGUGUAAGAAAAAAUAAAAGUUGUUUUCCAAAGACCAACAGCAAAAAAAAAAAAAUUCCUCUGUACCGUGUGAUGCGCGCUGAUUAUGUAGUGGCAUGGGGUUUAUUAAGCAAAUGCCAACACAAAGUAAUUAACUUGGCUAAAAAACCGCCCGAAGCUGUACCACAAAAAAGUAACAACAACAACAACGAGCAUAUACAAAUUGCUAAACAACAGAAAAAAAAAGAAGAUAGCUACAACAAAACAUGCUACAAAAAACAAAUGGAAAAACUAAUUGUUCCAUUGCACUUUCUUCAUGAGCUGCGUUUGUAUGGGAGUGUGGUAUAAUUUCCACCUUAAAACGACUGUUGCAAUAUAUUGCAACUUGGUUUUUCUUUGUCCAUCGAAAAACCGCAAAUUAAUAGGAAACCUCUCAUCCUCUCCGCACCCACUGUCCGCUUUGAGUUGCGUUAGGGAUCUCCAGAGUCCAUUACGUUCAGCUGUAACCAAGUAACUGCAAGUUUUUUUUUUUAUUGGGAGAUACUUUCAACCAGCAAUCAGCCAAACAACCAAGCGACCAUCCAUCGUUUAAUUCACGGGACUUGGGCCCCCUUGCUGUUAUUCAUCCAUUCCAUUACGUUUGACCAAGCGAGCAACAUGAACAGGUGCUAUGGCAAUAAUGACCCGAAAACACCUACCAAAAAUUUGUUGCCUCUUGGCAGCUGUUUACGAUCUCCGGGUGCAUUAAUAAGGCAAAAAUCGUUUCAUACCCUAAAUGAGUUGACCAAAUUUUGCCAAUUUAGAAAUACCCAACAUACACAACAACAAAGACGUCAUGCCACUGCAGUUGAUGAUAAUAUACUACCCUGUAGUUUAAGUCCUACUAAAAGUGCAACAUUGCGAUCAGAUCGCUCAUCAUCUAGUAACAAUUCCCAUAAAUAUAAUAUACACAAAAAUCAGAGCAAUAUUAGUCCCAGCACCGAUGAUGACGAACAUUUAGUGAUAUUACGCAGACGGCCGCCAUCAUCAUCAUCGUCAUCAGCAACAACAACGGUCUCUACAUCGACUACAAUAUCCACAACAACCAUUGACCACCACCACCAGCAUUUAUCGAAUGCUACAAAAAAUUUUCAUAAUUUAAAUACACACGAUUACAAUAAUGAUUAUGAAGAGCUGCUUUUAAAUGAGCCCACUCCAUUUACCACAUACGGUGGUCAACAGCAACAACAUCGACCAGACAGUGGAGAUUCUCAAGAAACGGCACGCACAUACUUUGAGCACCCGCAUCAUCAUUUGUCUUUACAGCACCACCCACCCACAUUAGAGGGCCGUGAGAAUUCUGGCUCACCAUUUCGCUGGUCCGAGCAAUUGACCCAAAACGUGGUGUCUGUAGCCAAAAUUCGUUCGGCCAUCUCUUGUACGUCACAGGAUCUCAAAGAAAUGGAAUAUUUAUUGCCUCAAUCACAGCAGCAGCAUUUAAAGUUGCCUUCAUCCUCGUCCCUGUCAAUUUCAUCGACAUCCUCACUAUCCUCGACGAAUAGUGGGAAAAUGUUGGCUGAAUUAUCGGCCUCAACCUCAUCAUCGUCCUUGGCUAAUGGUGGGAACGCAUCGAUGGUCAAUAACAAUAGCCUAAGCAUUUCACGUCACUCACAAAAUGGUCACAAUAACAAAAAUUUUAAAUUACUGCAGCAGCAACAACAACAACAACAUACAUCAUCCCAUCACAACCACUUGAAUCAUCAUCAUUAUCCUGCACAACAGCAGCAGCAGCAACAACAUCAACAUACUCAUAAUCUCCACCUACACAACAAUAAAUCGUCAACACACCAUCAUCAACAGCAGCAGCAAGCCAAGAAAGUCAAUGUGGGAGCUAUUUCCAACACCUUUGUUGAUGAGAAUAAUGCCGGUAAUCAUCAGAAUUUGGCAGUUUAUCGACAACCUGCCACCACCCGUACGCACAGCACCCACACCACUAACAACAACAAGGGUGGCAAUACCCCCCAUCGUUCGAAAAUGUCCAAAAAACAAUUGAAAUUGGCCCAGGCUCAGUUGGAUAAAUUGACACAAUGCAACCUACAUCUACAUGCUUUAUUUUCGGCAGUCGAACAUGGCCAUUUGGAUAAGGCUCGUACCAUACUGGAAUCGACAGAUGUUGAUGUCAACAGCAUUAACACCGAUGGUCUAUCACCUUUGGAUGUGGCGGUAUUGAGCAAUAAUCGUUCGAUGACUAAAAUGUUACUACAACAUGGAGCUUUGGAGGGAUCGCAAUUCUCCGUGGAUAGCAUUGGUACAAAACUGAAUGGUCUACUGAAAGAUGCUGAAAUUCGUAUUCAUGAUUUAAGUGGUCUAGAUGGAACAUGCCAGCCCUCAUUUUCAUCACGUCCUUCAAUUUCGAGUAUUAUUAUAGGCAACACUGGUUCCUCGGUUACAGGAUGUACCGGCAAUGAGGUCGAUAAGCAAAUUGGCAUUUGGGAGAGACGUGUCAAGGGUUUACGUCGUUUGUUGCUUGGUUGGGAUCAGGCACGGCCACCAGAUGCCCCAGCAUCGGUUACAGUUGAUGUUACGGGUGAUAAUUCGAUACAAGUGCAAAUACUUGAGCCAUUCGAAGGAGCAAUCGGUACUAAAUUCAAAGUGCAAUGGUCAACGCGUGCAGAUUUCAGCAAUGUGGUGGGUGAACGUGAAUUAAUGGAUUGGCGUAGCUUUCACGGUACCAUGGGUACUCAGUGUCACAUUACGGGUCUGACACAGGGUCGACGUUAUUUUCUAAGGGCCGCCAGUGGCAAUGUCAAAGGCUGGGGUCCCUACAAGUGUUCGGUGCCGGCCAGUGUUAUACCAUCAAGCUGGCGUGAUUUAAAUAGCCGUGAAGAUCGUUACAUAGGCCGACAACGAAUGUUGGACAAUUUAUUUACCGCUGUUCGUUUGGCCCGACCAGCCGAUGUCUCCGAAUUGACUUUGGAUACCAAUAGCCAACAACGAAGAAAUCCAAAAAAGAAGACUACAAUUAAACAAUUAUUUUCGGUGGCUUCCAAAUUCCAAAAGCAUUUGAGAAGGGGCAUUUAUUUGGCCAGCAUUGUUUAUUGUGAGGAUAAAAUAUUGGUGACUAGCGAGGAUUUUCUACCGGUCAUUGAAAUCGAUGAAUCAUUUCCAAGUACUUUGAAUAGCGACUAUCACUGGUUGAUGAAGGUCGCCUGUACAUGGGAUGAUGUGAAAUCGUUACGCACCGAUAUGGAACGCAAUCUUACCUCCGCCAAUCAUUUUCGCACCAAAUUACUCUCGGCCGUAUGUCAAAUGCAAUCGGCACUGGGUUUCAAUGAUCUCGGUCAAUUGUAUUACAAACCACUCAAGGAUAACCAUGGUACGGUGGUGCUAACCUGCAUACAAGCGGUUAAAAGUCAAAAGCAAGUCUCCAUACUCAAUUCCCGCUGGUUGCCUGUGAAUAAGCUACAAAAGAAGAUAGGAGCAUUACACGAAGAGUACAAUAUCAAUGAAAUUUUAAUAUCAUCACUAACGGAUCAAUUGCAAUACCAUCAAAUGGCCCAUCAUCGUUUGAGUCCUGGCCUAUAUUUGGGCUAUUUAAAGAUGCAAUGCUCAAUGGAUCAGAUUCAGGUGGUUGUACCCGCGAAAACGCCCAAUGUAUUGCCGCAUUGUAAGGUACGCGAUAACAGUCACAUAUCUGCCGAAGAAUGGCAGGUGCUGAAGAAGGGCGGCAAUUCUGCCGAUGGUAAAGGAGAAGAUGUUCCACGCAGCUCCAGUCCCUUGAGGUUGGGCCUAGAUUUCAAUACCAAUACUGAGGCUACCACAGAAGUGCAGAGACUGUUUCUCUAUGACCUGACCACGGCCACCAAUAAACUCUUUGCCUAUAUGAACAUCAAGCCUCAGGAUGCUUUCACCCACCGCCUCUUUGAUGUUGAGGUCAUAGAGCAUAGCAAGGAUAUAAGUUUUCUGAUAAUAUGCCCCUCGGUGGAACUGAGUUGUGCGGUGCCGGGACAAUCGGAAUUGCUGCUACAGCGUGAGGACUUGGCCAGUCUGAGUAUACAGGCCUUCGAAAUGAUACACCUGUCCACCUAUCAACCGGGUAUAAUACAAAAAUAUGCCCGUCUUUCGUGUAUCCUGGAGCUGGACACCACCUUGGCCAAUCAUUCGCAGAGGGAGGCCUUCUCCACCAGCGAACUGCAGACCGCAAAAGAGCGACUGGCCAAACUGCAGGAAUUGACGGCCAGCCUGAAUGCUGUAUGGAAGUCAGUGCGUUGGCUAAUGGAUGUGGUAGCCUUUGCUCGCGAUAAAAAUGCCCCUCCCUCGGCCGCAAUGAAGGAUAUAUUGGAAUUUGCUCAAAGCUCAGAGCAGGGCUCUGGGGUAAAUCCACAGCUGCUACAACCGCCUGGACGAGGGGACAUGAAGUUCAGCAAAACCGGAUCGGGUAGAGGUAGCUGGCCGGGACCAGGCUCUAGCCAUACCAGCCCCAAUCUGGGACCAGAACAUUCUAAGUCAGAGCAAAAUUUAGGUUUAUCAGCAGCUACAACACCGACCGCUUCCUCCGCUCCAACCACAUCAUCCGCCUCAUCGAUGACUUAUCAAAAGCAAACGCAGAGUCAACCUUUAACCGUAACGACUUCCACCUUGGCCACGCCCUCGACAGCCAAUCUACUGCAGGUACAAGGUGAUUUUAUGACUUCGGAUAUAUCGUCGUUAAGAAAGAACUCCGGUGACUCGGUGACAUCCCAUUGCACAACGCACAGCUUUUAUUCGGCCAAUGAUUCGGUGCUUACCAGCACCAGUGAUUUUGGCCAAAUGUUUAGUGUACCUCCCUCGAGAUCCGAUGAUACACUCAGCGAGACGGCGAAACAAAAUCAAAAACAAAUUCAGGGUUUACAACGUAAGCGAACCAGUUCGAAUAUAACACCCACCUCCUCCACACCCGUAACACCUAUGAUCACUGUACACUCCUCCAGCUCGGCUCCAUAUUUGGUCACCGAUCCCUCCUCAUUGGGUUCAAGUCAAUCGUUGAAGGUCAACUACAAUGGGGAGUAUGAGAGCAAACAAAUCAAAACGGCAGAGAAGGUGAAGUCAGCCUCCAGCGCCAAUCUAAGAGACAAUGGCUUAUAUCUGAAAUCUUCACUGAGUGCAUUGCAAACGGAAAUGAAAGCUUCGACUUCCUCCAGUCUGGAUGAGAAUAUAGCACCUGGCAAAGCUUCAACCAGCAAACAUAUGCAAAGGCUAAAUAGCCAGGAGGAAUACACAGCCAGUAGUUGUCCCAGUCUGGCUUCAGAGGGCGCCACGGAAGGUGUUGCCAACACUCCCUCGGGCAUUAUACAGGUCUAUACCGCGUAUAACACAGGUCUGGCUUCGGGCACUAGCCUGAAGCUGCAUGUUACCGCUAAAACUUCAGCUCGCGAGGUCAUCAAUCUGGUGGUGAAGCAACUGAACAUGGCUGCCGUCCUCAAGGGCAGCAAUGGCCCCAUCUACUCUGCAGAUGUUUUGGAUAAUUUCUGUUUGGUAGCCGUCAUUGGAGCCAGGGAACGAUGUUUGCGAGACGAUUUCAAACCAUUGCUCUUACAAAAUCCCUGGAAGAAGGGUAGACUGUAUGUGCGACAAAAGCAUGAACUACUGGCAGCCAUAGAACAUUCCAAUCGUAAAUCCCAUUUGAUUUAAGUUACUGACAAGUACACAAAGCGAAAUAGUUAAAAAAAAAAGGAAAAACUUCAACAUUACCAAGUGGACUCACAAAGGCAUUUAGUUGUGAAGCUUUAAAGCAAUGUUAUUGGGCUCAAUAGGUUUAAUUUAAAGCAAUUUUUCCCCUCGGACUUACAAGUGUUUUGCAGUCAAGUCCAAUUUUGAAACAAGCAGUAAGAUAUGAAUCAGAAACAUAAAAGCCUCAGAUCUACAGAGAGAGUUGAAAUCUUCCUAGCAAGAAACAGGGUGACAAAAUUUUCAAAAAUUCAAAAUUCACUCCAUGAAGCUUGGAAAUCAGAAAAGGUAUGAAUCGAUCACAUUUAACUAUAAUUUUUUUGUAUAAACUGAAAUCUUGUUCAAAGUCUUGAGAUAUAGCUGCAGAUUUAUAACAGCGAUACUAAUGCUCUGACCAUAUAGGAACUGAGCCUUUGAACUACUCAUAGCAAGACUAGAACAUUUUUUCGGAAAGUUCAAUUCUUCAAAUUUUGAAUGUAAAAACCUUUUUUAUAGAGUAAGCCAUUUUUAUACCCUCCACCAUAGGAUGGGGGUCUACUAAUUUCGUCAUUCUGUUUGUAACACCUCGAAAUAUACGUCUAUGACCCCAUAAAGUAUAUAUUUUCUUGAUCGUCGUAACAUAUUAAGUCGAACUAGCCAUGUACGUCCGUCUGUCUGUCGAAAGCACGCUAACUUUUAAAGGAGUAAAGCUAG